GGGCGGGUACCAAACGAGUUUUCUUCUCAAUUCCGUGUUCAGAAAAAAUCUUAUCUUAUUAGAAAAGCUCUAGUGUAAAUUGUUUCUUUGGCGGUGAAUGGAGCUUCCCGCUGUUUGUUCGCGAAGCUUUGGAGGAGAUGGGCACGCUGGCUUGCCUUCUGAUCAUAUUGUAGUUAGUGCAAAAGUGAUCUGUGCUGCUGUUCCCGCAAUGGGUCAUAAUCAGGUUGUGCCUCUAAUGCAUCAUGUUCAUUUCUUGCUUCCAAGCAAAUUGUUUGGAAGAAAAUGUGUUCCUCUUUGGACCGGAUGUGGUUUGGGACGACUUCCUGAAAGGGCAAGAACUGGACGCUGCUAUGCUGUAUCAUUAGGAAUUGGAGAUGCUGAAGUUUCUACUUCUGAAUUUAAAGAUUUUUCUGUUACCACAAGCGGUGUCAAUGGUUCUAAUGAAUUAAAGAUAAGUGUUAAUGUCUUGGGCGCCAAAACUCAAGAGAUCUUUGGCAAGGUGUUUUCAAGAAUGGUUGAAGAUGCUCAACCUAUUCCAGGGUUUCGAAGAGUAAAAGGAGGAAAAACUCCCAAUAUACCAAGAGAUAUUCUUAUUGAGAUUCUUGGAUACUCAAAAGUUUACAAGCAAGUUAUCAAGAAAAUAAUCAACUCUACCAUCAGCGAAUAUGUAAAAAAGGAUGGUCUAACAGUUUUGAAAGAUUUACAAAUUGAGCAAAGUUUUGAAGAUCUUGAAGCAAUAUUUGAACCUGGUGAGCCAUUCACAUUCAGUGCAAUUGUUCAGCGUCGAGAUCCUAAGUAAACUGAUUAUUCAUUUACCAUUCUCUGGAACAAAUAGCAGUGGCUUUCAGAUUAUAGACUGUUGAAAAAAACAGUAUGCGGAAGGUUUUCUUUUCUCUCAUUUCUUUUUUUCAAGAGAAGUGUAGGUAGAAGGGGAGAACAAGGAUUUUUCUGAUAACGGAUUUGAAAUGGAAUUUUUGUUGUCUAUGAAUGAGGAUUCGAUUUAAAUUUUUAGUUA